AUGGCCAUCAAAGACAUACCCAAACUGAACCGCAACAACAUCCGAACCCUCCGCCAUGAUCCCUUAUCCGAGAUAUCUGGCGCGCUUGGCGACCUUGGCACUCUGCUCCCCCUGAUGAUAGCCCUCGCUCUGCAGUCGUCCAUAUCCCUGUCGACCACGCUUGUCUUCUCGGGCAUCUUCAACGUCUUGACGGGUAUCGUUUUUGGGAUUCCGCUGCCCGUUCAGCCGAUGAAGGCCAUCGCGGCCGCUGCGAUCGCAGAGCACACCAGCCUCAGGCAAACAGUGGCAGCCGGAGGUCUGGUCUCUGCUGCGGUGCUGGUAUUGUCGGCUACGGGGCUACUGAGGCGGGCCACCAGGCUCAUACCCGUACCCGUGGUCAAAGGGAUCCAAUUCGGUGCUGGUCUAAGUCUGGUCAUAUCGGCCGGGUCGUCGCUAUUGCAGCCACUGCACUGGCUCCAUCCUGUUCUCGACAACCGUCUCUGGGCGUUUGGGGCAUUGGUAGGUCUGGUUGUGACGCAUCGGUUCCGCCGCGUCCCCUAUGCGCUCAUCAUCUUCAUCCUCGGUACCGUCUUUGCCGCAGUGGCCGUCGCUGCGUCUGGUCGGAACCUCCGUCUACCCGGAAUCGCUCCUUGGGUUCCCUUUCUCGUCCUGCCUGCUUGGACCAGCCCGACGGCGAUAUCAAUGGCAGUAGCGCAACUGCCAUUGACAACGCUCAACUCGGUUAUUGCAGUCUCGGCCUUGUCCGCUGAUCUGCUCCCAAACCUGCCGACCCCGACAGUCACCGAGAUGGGAUUGAGCGUUGCAUCCAUGAACCUGAUUGGAUGCUGGUUCGGCGCGAUGCCUGUCUGUCAUGGUGCAGGCGGGCUCGCCGCCCAGCAUCGGUUCGGCGCACGUUCAGGCGCCAGCAUCAUAGUCUUGGGCAUCUUCAAGAUACUGCUUGGUCUGCUGCUGGGAGAGACGCUACUCGAUUUGCUGGGCCGCUUUCCCCAUGCCCUUCUCGGCGUCAUGGUCCUAGCGUCCGGUCUGGAGCUUGCGGGCGUAGGACAAAGUCUGAAUCAUGGAGCAGCGGAUCUGUGGGAGUCUUCGGUGGAGGGCAAUGCCGUCGGGACACUGUCUGCGCGCAUACACCGGUCCCUUUCCGAAGAGGAGCGGACGGAGCGCUGGUCCGUAAUGCUCAUCACCACGGCGGGUAUCUUGGCCUUCAAGAACGACGCCGUUGGGUUUGCGGCGGGGAUGUUGUCACACUGGACAUAUAAGGCUGCACAGCGCUGGGGGAGAGGCACUGGUGAAAGACAACCGCUGAUAUCCCGUCCGUUUCCUUAA